AUGGGAAUAUGUGGCUUAGGUGGUAGUGGGAAGACAACUAUUGCCAAGGCAGUCUACAAUCGUUAUUGUUCAUCUUUCACAAGGCAUAGUUUUCUUUCAGAUGUUAGAGAAGAAGCAAUACGAGGCAUGGGUCUUGUAGCUUUGCAGAAGCAACUUCUUAAUGAUAUCUUCAAAAACAAUUUUGGAUUUAGUAAAGAACAGGUAGAUGCUUUGGCUGGUGAACUCAAUUGGUUUGGUGAAGGAAGUAGGGUCAUAAUAACAUCCAGAGACGAACAUAUUCUGAAUAUGGUUAAAGUUGAUAAAGAUAAAAUCUAUCGGUCUCGAAUAUUGGAUCCUAUGCAAUCUCUUCGACUAUUUAGUUUGCAUGCUUUUUCAACGGAUCAACCUCCUGUUGAAUAUAUGGAACUUUCAAGUAAAGUGGCACAAUAUUCAGGAGGGUUGCCUUUAACUCUAGAGGAUGUCCAAAGAAAGUUGAGGUUAAGCUAUGACAAUCUGGAUGAUGAUCAAAAAGCCAUAUUUCUCGAUGCUGCAUGUUUUUUCAGUGGAUGGGAAAAAAAAGCAGUAAUGUCCAUAUGGAAAGCUUGUGACUAUGAUCCUGAAGUAGCAAUAGACGGACUAAGUAAAAGGUCCCUUAUAAAAUUUGAAACGCAUGGUGGUUUUCGCUUGAGGAUUCAUGAUCAGCUUCGAGACAUGGGAAAGGAAAUUGUUAGACAAGAAAAUUGUAUGGAGCCAGGUAUGCGCAGUAGGUUAUGGCGUCUCGACGAAAUCUCAGAAGUAUUAGAAGGAUGCAAGUGUUUCCAAGAGUUGAAAGUUCUCGAUCUUAGUGAAUGUAAAUCUCUAUCCAAGUCCCCAAACUUCUUAUGGUUUCCUAACUUGGAGCGAUUAGACCUUCGAUAUUGUGUAUCCUUGGUUGAGUUAGACGAGUCCAUCAAGCACUUGAGUGAGCUCAAAUUUCUUAUUCUCAAAUUCUGUUAUUCAUUGGAGAAGCUGCCUGAGAUGAUUGGCGAUCUAAAAUCUCUAGUCAAGCUUGACUUGACGCACACCAAAAUGGAAGAACUCCCAGACAGCAUUUGCAGGCUGAGUUCUCUCAAAAAGCUUAUUCUCCAAUUGAAUGUGUCACUCAAGAAGUUACCAGAAAACAUUGGUGAACUAAAAUCUUUGGUCAAUCUCAAAUUGACUAAUGUUUCAAGCAUAGAGGAAUUGCCGGAUGGUGUUGGACUAUUGGAGAAGCUUGAGGAAUUAGAUGUUGAGGGUUGCUCGAAACUUGAAAAGCUACCAAGAUCAAUGGGGAGAAUGAGGUGUUUGCAAAAACUUAACCUGAAAGGAACCAAUGUUUCAAAAUUACCUGAUGAUUUUUCAAGGCUCUCAAAUUUAGAGAAGUUGAAAAUGCCUAGCAUGCUUCAAACCCUCCCACCAGAUCUGUCACACUUGAAAAAUUUGAAGCAAUUAGAGUUUUCUUAUUGCGAGGAGUUGCAACACAUCCCAGAGCUUCCCUCAACUUUAGUUGUACUUUGUUGUGUAUAUUGUCGUAAAUUGGUACGACUACCAGAUUUGUCAAGUUUCAAAUUUUUGAAAACAUUAAAACUUGAUUAUUGUGAAAAGUUGGAGGAGAUUCGAGGCCUUGAGGGAACAGAAUCCUUGGAAGAAUUGUUAGCACCAGAAUGCUAUGAAUUGACAAAUACUCCAAGGAAGAUACUGGGCCAGGGAACAUUACUUUUACCAAACAGUAAAUUGCAGGGAGAAACGUAUUCAUUGAGUACUGAUGAUGGGAUUGAUGCGGAACACUCUCGGUGCCACCCAAGACCAGCCUUGCUAGAUCCACCUCUACGUGGCCCAGCAAACCUUGGAAGAAACCCUGUCUUCGAAGAUGGGUAUGAGGAAGACAACUCUAGCUCAGACGAUGAUCUUCUUGGCCGUGACGAUGACCGGGAUCCUAGGAAUCGUCACCCCCGCCGACAGACGAAUUACCGACAAGACAAUGCCCCAUUUCCAGUCCGUAAUGAAAAUUAUCGCAUCAAGGCCGACAUUCCCAACUUCCACGGGAGCGUCGACAUUGAAGGAUACUAUGAUUGGGAAUAUGAGGUUGAGCAGUUCUUCAACCUUAUGGACGUGGCUGAAGAUCGACAAGUUAAACUAGUAGCGUACAAAUUAAAAGGAGGUGCUGCAGCAUGGUGGACAUAA